AUGAUCCGACACUUGUCCGAAUCUUCUUUGCAAAAUGUGGCUAAACCAAUGCAGGUGCUCGUAACACAGCAAAGGGGCAUCAAACCAUGGGACGUUCCGCAACCCGGUGCAAAAAAUGUCAAAUUUGCUUGGGAUACUCGGGGUGCUCGCUUUUUCCGAUAUAUGAUUUGGCAGUAUAUGUGGGGUGGAAGACAGUAUGGACUUCUUUACCAUGACCAGGCGUUUGAACCAGAUCCGGUUAUCGCAGAAGCACUACGUAGACUCAAUUUGAAAGAGCCAUGGGUUUUUGACCAGAGGAAGAUACGACUAAUAAAAGCACAUAAUUUGGCGAUGCAUCAUGAGAAGCUUCCUAAGAGUGAGUGGACAAAAUGGGAGGAUAGCAUGAAAGGGUCGUGGGUUUUUGAGUACUUUGAGGAAGUUUACGAGUACGUAUUUUCGAAAACGUUUUGUGGAAGUUGUAUGAUAUCACUUCUUCGUAUUACCUACAGGCGCCUUUUCGCAGAGAACAUAUUUUGA